CAAUUCUUUAUCAUCAUUCAUUGAUUUUCAUCUUCAAUCGCUUCAAUGAUUCAAACUAUGGAUGUUCAUGAAGAUCAAGAUUUGGAUGGCCUACCAAAUGUACCAUCAUCAAGAUACCGAAACUCGGAUGCUCAUGAUGCCAAUAUUGAAGAUGGUAAUCCGGCUAAUUGGAUUGGAAAAGACUUUGAUGACCAAGAUUAUGGAGAAGAUUCAGAAGAAGAUUAUAUAGAAGAAACAUCGGCAUGGAAUGUUAUACCAAGUGAUGAAUCAAACCAAGAAGAGGAGCCACAAGAAUAA